AUGGGGUGGAUUGUGCAGAUGCACGAGGAGUAUGGUCUACAGUUCAGAUCGUUUGUGCCCAGUCUCAUGGAGCUGCUCGAAGAUGCCGAUGGCAUGGUUAGAGAUUGUGCCAGGAACACAGUCAUUGAGCUGUUCCAAAAUGCACCCAACGCAGCAAAAUCCGACCUCAAGAAACAACUCAAAGCAUUCAACGUCCGCACCACAAUCGUCUCCGCCAUCACCAGCCAACUCAGCCCCACCGGCGCCGACCUCGACCCAAUCGACCAACACACCGCGAGUCCCAACCUCCGCUCCCACCACUCCGAGAGCACCACUUCCGCCUCCUCCACCACCGCCCGCCCCGUGACCCCCGUCAUCGAGCAGCGCGUGCUCGAACACGUCGAACCCGCCUACGUCAACACAACGCGCGAGCUCGAGGACACCCUGCGCGACAUGCACCCCUUCUUCGAUGGCAAGGAGUCUGAGCACAACUGGCUGAAGCGCGAGCAGAGCUGCUCGAAGCUGCGGAAGCUGAAUGCCGGGAACGCACCCGCCGAUUUCCACGACGCGUGGCUGGUGGGCGUUAAGGCGCUGCUGGAUGGGAUUUUGAAAUCGGUGAAUUCGCUGCGCACGAGCUUGUCGAAGGAGGGGUGUGCGGUUGUGCAGGAGAUUGCGAGAACGGCGGGGCCGGGGCUGGAUCCGAUGGUGGAGAUUCUGCUGCAGAAUCUGAUUAAACUGUGUGGAGGGACGAAGAAGAUCGCGUCGCAGGCUGGUGAUGCGACGGUCGAUAUCAUCCUCCUCCAUGUAUCAUACAACCAGCGCAUCCUGCAACACGUCUGGCUCGCCUGCCAGGACAAGAACGUGCAGCCCCGCACCUACGCAGCCGGCUGGCUGAAGACCCUGCUCAAGAAACUCGCAAACCACAAGAGCCAAAUCGAGCACGCCGGAGGCCUCGACAUCGUCGAGAAGUGCGUCAAGAAGGGACUCGCGGACCCGAACCCCGGCGUCCGGGAGAAGAUGCGCGGAACCUUCUGGCCAUUUGCGCAGAUGUGGCCCGCCAAGGCAGAGGCAGUAAUGUCGGCCCUCGAGCCCGCACAGCUUAAGCUCCUCCAGAACGACCCGGGUAACCCCAACUCGCCCAAGAAAACCAACCCCGUCGCCCGCCCCGGCCUGGCUCUGUCGAAGAGCACCGGCCCGCCGAAGCCUUCGCUGAGAGAGGCUCUGCUCGCGCAGAAGAAGGCGGCUAUGGCAGCGAAGACCCUCCCAGCUCGCCCGGGCUCGGCUAUGUCCUCCUUCUCCCCAAUGCGCACUGCGAGCGCAUCGUCGAAUUUAUCAACUGCCACUGCACCGCCGGGUAGGUCGCGACUGGAGAGCACCACGACGAGCCAUGGCGGGCUAUCUGUUGCUCCAAUGCGACCGACUAAGUUCCGACCCAAGGAGCCGCCGCGGCCUGCUACUGCCGGGCCGUACUCGGUGAGACAAGCUCCUGCUACCGCUACUCCAUCGACGACGAGACCGGCUGCGCGCACACCGAGCGCCGCGACGCUAUCCCCGAAGCGUGGUGCGGUGCCGAGACCGAAUACGGGUCACUCCAGCCACGCGAGCCAGUCGUCCAACACGAGUCCAAUACGUGAGAAAGCGAGUGUAGCCCGCGAAGCCAGCAUUGCUAGGGAGGAAACGGUAGCAGCGCGUGAGAGUCCCCGUCCGAAGCCACAACAGCAGCAGACGCACAAUUACAUCGCAUCCAGCCCAUCAAAAGCAUACGAGGAUUUCACAAUGGUAAUCCCGACCCUCACUUCCCUGCCCUCCUCCGCGCCGCCCCCGGCCAGCCCGCCAGCGCCAAUUCAGCGAAAAGAAACUCCCCGCCUCGUCACGCCCGCCAAAGCAGUCAAAGUCUACGAAGAUCCCUUCUCCGCCGGCGACGACGAGACAACCCCCCGCCCCCCCCCCCGGCCACAGUCCUCGAAGAAGUCUCCGUCAACGAAGAGACCUUCUCGCUCCCACCUCCCCCCUCCCCACCCAAAGCAUCAACCACAAACACCCUCCUCCUCUCCUCCCCCGACCGCGCGAAAAAGGACGUCCGGCUGCUCGAUAGCGGUAUCUCCAAAGUCCGCGCACAAUCCCUCGACGUCCACGGGUUCCGCAAACUACAAUCCCUCAUCCGCGAUUCCGGCCGCGACAUCUGGGGUCCUGCUACCACCGGUGGCGAAGGUCGGUUCGACGCCCUGCUGA